GAGACGGCGCGGAACCCCAGCCGCCUGCAAACAAUCAUCUAAACAUUAGCGUCUCUUUCCAGUGAAAUGCUGAAGUGCGUGGGUCUCUGGCGCUUGUUCGGAUAAACGCAACCACCGAGAAUUGCCCCCUGAUGUUUUCUGAUAUGGGACCAUUCCCACUGAGGUGGCUGUACCAAGUUUACCAUCUAUAGAAAUUGCCUGAAUUUCCUGUAGGUCUCAAAUCUCAGCUUGGAGUUUACUUUCUCUUUCCCGUCGCCUCGAAAAAAAAUGGCAGUGCUUUCAGGGUUCAUAUUUCUGUGCCUGCUUCCUGCUGUAAUCACUCAACGUGCAUCACCUCGAGGACCCAGGCCAAUACCAGGGCGAGGUGACAGUCCAGAGCCAACUCCACCUCCCCUCUUACCUGAGCCCACACCAAUACCUGGAGGCUGUGAAAGGAUAAUCGACUGUCCCAUCAGGGUGUAUUUCACCAUUGACACCUCAGAGACCAUUGCAUUGCAAGAGCCCCCGCCCGGCAGCCUGGUGGACAGUAUCAGAGAAUUCACAAAGAUCUUUGCCCAGAGGCUAGCUGAUGAAGAGUACAGGGGCCAGAUCCAGAUCACGUGGUCCAUAGGAGGUCUGCACUUCUCCCAGACGCAGGUGGUCUUCAGUCAGUUUACAACCAGAGAGAACUUCAUCAGGAAUCUCGCUUCGAUCCGAUACCUCGGCAAAGGCACUUACAUAGACUGUGCCCUCAAAAACAUGACUCACCACAUGACUCAACAUUACACAGAGACAAAGGCCGUUCUCUUCUCUGUGGUCAUCACUGAUGGCCAUGUGACAGGAAAUCCAUGUUCGGGCAUCAAGAUGAUGGCAGAAAAGGCUCGAGAUCGAGGGAUCCAGAUUUUUUCAGUUGCAGCGUCCAGGAUGAUUGACGAAUUUGGAAUGAGGGAGAUAGCGAGCUCUCCGUACGAACUGUUCCGUAAUGACUACGUAGUGGUGGAAAUCGUUGAUGGGAAACCAAGAAUGAGCAUUGAGUCCAUUGAUCGUAUCAUAAAAGCCAUGAAAUACCAAGCAUAUUUACAGUGUUAUAAACCAAGAUGCAUUGAGACUCCUGGGCUCCCUGGACCAAGAGGACCUCCGGGUCCAAAAGGCACAAAAGGAGACAGGGGUGCUACAGGGCCAAAGGGUGACAGGGGGAGACCGGGUGAUCCUGGCAUUGAAGGCCCAAUCGGACGACCUGGUUCAAAGGGAGACCCUGGUUUGAAAGGUGACAGGGGUGAAAUUGGAUUAAGUGGAGCAAAGGGCAUUGCAGGUUCACCUGGCAAGAAUGGAUUUGAUGGGCAAAAGGGGAAAAUUGGACGAGUUGGAGCUCCUGGUUGUAAUGGUGAUCCAGGUGACAAGGGACUAAGUGGCUACCCAGGGGAUGCUGGUGAAACUGGACCACCAGGUGACAAAGGACAAAAGGGUGACGCAGGCCUUCCUGGAAAGUCCGGCCCACCUGGCCCUCGGGGUGAUCAAGGACCAAAGGGUGAAAGAGGAAACCCUGGAAAUCCAGGAGAGACAGGACAAACAGGGAUUCCGGGGAAGAAAGGGUCACCUGGACCAAAAGGCGAAGAGGGGAGGAGAGGAAACCCAGGACGAAAGGGGGCUCCAGGACCUGGUGGGCCAAAUGGGCCAAAGGGAGAACGAGGCCCACAGGGAAGCAGAGGUCAGCCUGGGGAAAGUGGAUUCAAGGGCGCUAAGGGAGAUCAGGGACUACCGGGACCGAGGGGUCAGCCAGGAGGACCAGGCAGUCCUGGAGAAGAUGGCAUCAGGGGAAAUCCUGGAGAUCCUGGACUAAGGGGAGACACUGGGCCACCUGGACCAAAGGGUGACAAAGGAAGACCAGGCUUCAGCUAUCCUGGAUCGAGGGGACCACCUGGAGACAGGGGUGAAAAAGGCAGGAGAGGACCCAGAGGGAGCAGAGGUGAAUGUGGCGCCAAAGGAGAACCUGGAAAUAAAGGACAGCCAGGAGAGCCUGGGGAUCCAGGCCAGACAGGGCAGCCAGGAGCGAGAGGACCCAGAGGAGAACGUGGGCCUGAUGGGGGUCCAGGACCAGUAGGCGAUUCUGGGCUCACCGACUGUGAUGUUAUGACUUACAUCAAAGAGACGUGUGGUUGCUGCGACUGCGAGAAGCACUGUGGAGCUAUGGACAUUGUUUUUGUAAUUGAUAGCUCAGAGAGUGUUGGGCUGACAAACUUCACCCUGGAAAAGAACUUUGUUAUCAACACCAUCAACAGGCUGGGAUCUAUGGCCACCGAACCUACAUCACCAACUGGCACGAGAGUUGGAGUUGUACAGUACAGUCACAACGGGACCUUUGAGAGCAUUCGCCUUGAUGACCCAACCAUAAAUUCCAUGUCUGCCUUCAAAACAGCAGUGAAGAAUCUGAAGUGGAUUGCUGGUGGCACCUUCACCCCCUCUGCUUUGAAGUAUGCCUACGACAACCUCAUCAGGGACAGCAAGAGAGCCAGAUCCAAAGUGUCCGUCGUUGUGGUCACAGACGGCCGCUUUGACCCUCGAGACGACGACAAUCAACUCACAUACCUUUGCAACGACCCUGCUGUGGUGGUGAACGCCAUUGGGAUAGGGGACAUGUUUGACACCAAACACGACAGUGAGACUCUGGUGUCAAUUGCAUGUAACAACAAGGCCCGGGCCACUGAAAUGAAGCGUUACUCCGACUUGGUGGCUGAUGAAUUCUUAGAAAAGAUGGAAACUGUGCUUUGUCCUGAUCCAGUAAUUAAGUGCCCUGAUCUCCCCUGUAGAAGUGAACCUGACGUAGCCCCUUGUGUUGAGCGGCCAGUGGAUUUGGUAUUUCUAUUAGAUGGCUCAGAGCGCCUUGGGGAGAAGAACUUCCUCCUUGUCCGUGAAUUUGUUCAGAAGGUGGCAGACAGGCUGGGACUGGCCAGGAGCAUAACUGAUCGAAAACGAGCCCGCCUGGCACUGAUGGAGUUCGGCAAGGAGUCUGAGAAUCGAGUGGCCUUUGAGCUCACACAUGACCCUGCCACCAUUGUUAAUGGUUUAGCAGCCUUACAGUAUCUAGAUUCUUCUUCAAAUGUGACAUCUGCCACCUUCCAUGCCAUCUACAACAUCCUGAGCAAAGGAAACACCCAGAAAACGAGGCGCAAUGCAGAGGUUUCAUUCAUUUUCAUUACAGACGGCGUAACUGACAGCAUCCACCUGGAGAGGGCAGUUAAAACCAUGCGUAGUCACCAGGUGGUUUCCACGGUGAUUGCCACAGGAAGUGACAUUGAUCAAGAAGUCCUAACAAAGCUGGCCAUGGGGGACCAGCAGGCCAUCUUCAAAGGAGAAAAAUUCUCAGAUUUUUUAAAGUCCAGUUUGUUUGAUCGUUUCAUCCAGUGGGUGUGUUAGAGAGACCAUGCUCCCAUGAGCUUCAUAGUGGUGCUCCAGCUGUUAAUCCAGUAUUUUCAACGAUAAUUAUCAUUUAUUUCAAUUUAUUACAUUAAUGUGGUUGUUGUGGCUCUGUGGAGGAAGACAUCCUACAGUGAAACAAGCCUGAGCUCCCUGCAGCUGUACCCUGGGUCUUACUGCAGUCAUUCAUUUCAUCCUCUAUUUGAAAUGAGCUGCUUUAGCUCCUCUACCUUAAAGCUGAUUUUCUUCUGUUGGCUGCCCCUCGCAAAAAGGUUUAUAAGGCAGAUGGCGCUUCUGUGCUCACAAGCAGAGGUGCCCAUAUUUGCGACAUUCCCUAUCUUUGAUACCAUGCAGAUCCAAGAGUGGAAAAACUGUCUGCCCACAUCCUCAGUCUCAGCCUGAUUUAGCAUCUGUAUUGAUUUUUGCAUUUGUAUUUAAGUUUGGAUAAAUACAGGCAUAAAACAUACCUGUGGCAGGAUCUGGAUUUAGCAGUUUGUAGAAAAUCAGCCCACUUUCAUCUAUGCAUGGAUGCAGAUGCAAUUUGCGACAGGUUCACUCCAGGCAGCUUAUUUCAGAAUCAAAAGCAAACAUUUAAAGUGAUUCAUCUAAUAGAUUCAUUUUCUGCAGGAGCUCAAAUUUGUUGCCUUGAUAAAUUCAGUUUUGUGCGACUGCUUGUAGAGCUGCAAUGGCCAAAUUAAUAGGUGAAUACACUGUUGAAAGUAAUUUCACAGCAGACAGUAUAUGAAAGAUGGACACAGUCACUGUGUUUGAAAAGUGAAACCAUGUGCCAUACCACUGACGGUCUGUAGGUACUGCCCCUGUUAGUA